AUGACAUUUACUGCCUUUUUUUUCUUCUGCAUGCUGAUGAACAUGCUAACAGAUGCUCGAUCCAUCCGGGAUGGAGAUGAUCUCUACCAGGAAGCUGUAGCCUUGCUGUACUGGCCCUUCUCAGCCAAUGAUUUCUGGUCCUACGUGGAAUAUUUCCGGACCCUAGGAGCCUACCACAGGAUCAAUGAAAUGGCCAGAGCCUUCUUUGCCCAGUUCCCCUUUGGGAGCCACCUUGGCUAUCAUGUGCCCAACCAUGAGCACUAA